ACCAAUAUAAAACAACGUGACUAGCAAAAGGUCCAAACGUAACGAAGAAACAACAAUAGCAACAAAAACGAAGUAAGAGUUUAUAUUUUGUGCAAAGAUGUCAACUGUGGGCGCUGCGAAGAAUGCCGCCAGCGUGUCCGAGGCGCGUCCGGAGGCAAUCUUUCGGGAAAUCAAUGCCGAUCAGUCGGAUGAAGUGGUCGAGAUUGAGUCGGCCUGCAUGAGCUGCUUCAAGAAUGGCGUCACCCGAGUGCUGCCCACAAAGAUUCCCUUCUUUCGCGAGGUGGUCAUCAUGUCCUUCAAGUGCGAACAUUGCGGCCACUCGAACAAUGAAAUGCAGUCGGCAUCCGAGAUCCAAAAGUCGGGCAUACGCAUCGAGCUGGAGGCAAAGACGGCAGCGGACCUUAAUCGGCGUGUGGUGCGGUCAGAUAACUCCAGCAUCAGCAUACCCGAGAUAGAGCUGGAGAUACCAGUGCAGUCGCAGAAGGGCGAGGUGACCACGGUGGAGGGCAUCAUUGAGCGCACCAUUGCUGGCCUGUCGCAGGACCAGGCGAAGCGACGCAUAGACCAUCCCAAGGAAGCAGCGUCCAUUGAUGGCUACAUUGAGCGCCUGAGGCAGCUCAAGGAAAUGCAGAAACCCUUUCGACUCCUGCUCGAGGACAUUUCAGGCAACAGCUUCAUUGAGAACAUUGUGGCACCCGCCGCAGAUCCACAGCUAAAGACAGCGUUCUUCACACGCUCCAAGCAGCAAAACGAGCUAUUGGGUCUUUACGAGCAAAAUCACGACGAUCAUCUGCUUCAGCCCAUCGCCGAGGAUGAGUGGCCCAUUGAGAAUCUGCACGGCGAAGUGCUGCAGUUCGCCACCAACUGUCCUAACUGCCAGGCGCCAUGCGAGACGAACAUGAAGCUAACGGAGAUACCGCACUUCAAGGAGGUGGUCAUCAUGGCCACAGUGUGCGGCAGCUGCGGCCACAAGACGAACGAGGUGAAGUCGGGCGGCGGUGUCGAGAAGCAGGGUGUGCGCUUCAAGGUUAGCAUUGCCAGCAAGGCCGAUCUGACACGAGAUGUUCUGAAGUCCGAGACGUGCAGUCUUUCGAUACCCGAACUCGAUCUGGAGGUGGGUCCCCAUGCCCUUUGUGGACGUUUCACCACCAUUGAGGGUCUGCUGGUGGCCAUGCGGGACCAGUUGGACGGCACCUUCUUCCAUGACUCGGCCGACGAGAAGACCAAAUCGAAAAUGGACACAUUUCUGGAGACAUUCGAUGCGGUCAUGAAGCUGGAAAAGGUACUUACGCUGGUGCUUGAGGAUCCCGCUGGCAACACCUAUGUCCAAUCGCUGAGCGACGAUGACACCGAGGCGGACGACAAGCUAAUCGUGGAGAGAUAUGAUCGCUCCUUCGACGACAACGAGGAGCUGGGUCUGAACGACAUGAAAACCGAAAACUAUGAGCAGGAUGCGUGAUAGCCGAUGUGGCAGUAACUCCACUCCACUCGUACACUGGGCAUUUAUCAUAAAAAUCAAAUAGAAGUUCCCUUUUCCCCUUUCUAUAAGUCUAUUAAAAAUGGAAAUAACUUUGA